AUGGGUAGAUGGAACUCCACCAGUGUGCCUGACUUCAUCCUCAUGGGGCUGACAGACUCUGUAGAGACACAGCUGGUCCUCUCUGUGCUCUUUCUCCUGAUUUACCUGAUCACGGUCCUGGGGAAUGUGGGGAUGAUACUGAUCAUUCGCCUGGAUCCCCAGCUUCACACCCCCAUGUACUUUUUUCUCACUCAACUGUCAUUUCUUGACCUCAGCUACUCAAGUGUCAUCACCCCUAAAACCUUACAGACAUUACUGACUUCCACCAAGAGCAUCUCCUUCCUGGGAUGCUUCACACAGAUGUUCUUUUUUGGUUUCUUCCUUUCUUCUGAAUGUUUCCUUCUCUCCUCCAUGGCCUAUGAUCGCUAUGUAGCUAUCUGUAGCCCCCUGCACUAUCCAGUCAUUAUGUCCCCAAGACUAUGCCAUGCCCUGCUCUCUGGAUCCUAUGUAAUGGCCUUUGUGUAUUGCACUCCAGUUACGGUUUCAGUGAGCCAACUGCACUUCUGCAACUCUAAUGUCAUCCAACACUACUUCUGUGACACAACCCCAGUUUUAUCGCUGUCCUGCAGUGACACUUCUGAGGUUGAAAUCAUUAUAUUCAUUUGUGCUGGAUUCAAUUUAUUGCUGUCCCUCAUCACUAUAUCUGCAUCCUAUCUGUCCAUCCUCUCAACUAUCAUGAAAAUUGAUUCCAUUGCUGGAAAGAAAAAAGCCUUCUCCACUUGUGCUUCUCAUCUGCUGGGAGUCAUUAUCUUCUAUGGCACUAUGAUCUUUACUUACCUAAAACCGACCACAUCCUACUCCUUGGGAAGGGAUCAGGUGGCUUCUGUGUUUUACACAAUUGUCAUCCCCAUGCUGAACCCUCUCAUUUAUAGUCUCAGAAACAAAGAGGUGAAGAAUGCUGCCCUGAGAGUCCUGAAGAAAAGAGUGGGUUGUAGACAAUUAAAAUCACAAGGAUGCUAG